AUCAAGCCGCACCGUAAGAUAGACUUGCUCUCAUCUUCUUCAUCAGAAUAUCGAGCAUCUGGAAGAACAAGAUUUAAGAAUCGCUGAAAUCUUUUGAAACAAUACUUGGCCCAUUCUUCUAAAUUUUUCAAGUGAAUUAUGGAUACUGAAAAUCCAGAAAAAAACACGGAACAAAAUUUGGAAGAACAACAACCAGCAACAGAAGUUGCUGGAGUAGUACAAAAUCAGGAGGCCGUUUCAGAAGAAAAUAAUCAGCAAGAAGUAGGCGAUUUAGAAAAUAAAACUGAAGUAGACCCCACUGAUGGAGAAAAUGAGCCACCAAAAGAAUCAGAAUCGCCAAGACCUUCUAUUAGUGCAGAAAAAAAACCAUCAGAAGAAUUGCCACCAGUAAAACCACCUCCACCAACUAUCAAAGAACUAUGCAAGCUUCCUGAACCAGUACAAAUUGAUGUUGAAGAGAUACCAUUAGACUGGGAUAUGUUUCAGUUUCACAACAUAGUAAAUAAAGUUCAAGAUCUCUUACUCCAGCUCGACGGAGAAUUAGCAGGUAUUUGUAUAAGACAUGCUGUGCCUUUAAUGUUACCUUCUCCACUUUGUGAGAUUCGGUCACAUGACGACUGCAGAGAAGACUGUACAAAGAAAAAAGAUGAUACAGAUGAGGCAUGUAGAUGUUAUUUAGAAUCAAAAAAAACUGAAGAAGAAGACGUUGAAAAAAUAAUUGAGUUUUAUGCGAAACUAAAACCUAAAACGUCCGAAGAAAAAUUAGACGAGGAAACAAAGUUUCUUAAAAGAGAUGACCAAUUUGCAAAAGAAGUUGAAGAGUCUGAGGAUGCAUCAACAAAACCUGCAGGCAAAACAAAAAAAGGUAGUAAAAAAUCUAAAGAAAAAAAUGGUGAAAAAGAUCCUAAAUCAUCAGAAAAACGAGAUACCGGAGGGUCACUUUCUAAAGAUAGAAAUUCAUCCAUAAAGGAAGAGGUUAAAAAGAGUGUAAGUGAAAAUCCACAAGAAACAACAGACAAUAUUAUAGAAAAUGUGACUGAGGGGGAGCAAAACAAAGAGAAUGAGAAUCAAGGUGAAGCUAAACCUUAGAAAUUUGAAAAAAGUUCUUGUUCGAAAAUUGUUAAGGGUUGGUACGUGAGAUUUCAAUGCUUAAACAAAACAGUUUUAUAUUAGAAUAUAAAAUAAUAAAAACAUAUUGGUAAAUUCCUACAACCUGAUCAAUAAAGCUAUUGAAA